AUGAUUCUACACUCCAGGUACAACGUGUCAGAACCAAACGAGUAUCUCGUUAUUACCGGUGGUGGUAUUGAUGAUGUUCUUAUCAAGAAAACCGCGUUUGUGAUGCCAUGGCAAAAAUGCACUCGAAUAUCGAUAUCUCCAUUCGAUUUCUCUAUGAAUCUCCAGGCCAUGACCAUCGAAAAACUCCAAUUUUCGCUCCCAGCAGUCUUCACAAUCGGACCUGAUAACAACAUCGAAUCUCUCAAGAAAUAUGCGCUUCUUCUUUCCGGAAAUGCUGAUGGGGUGAAAAUCCCAAAGUCCUCGAGCUCGACCAGGGGAAACCAUGUUCAGGAUAUCGUAAAAGGCAUCAUCGAAGGCGAGACGCGCGUGAUUGUGUCUGGAAUGACAAUGGAGGAAAUUUUCAAGGAACGGCAGAUCUUCAAGCAGCAUGUUAUUGAAAAUGUCCAAAACGAGUUGGAUCAAUUUGGCCUCAGGAUCUACAACGCCAACGUUAAAGAACUUCAAGAUACCCCUGGAAGCGAAUAUUUCGCCUUUCUCAGUCGGAAAGCGCACGAAGGUGCGCUGAAUCAAGCCAAGAUUGACGUCGCGGAAGCUCGAAUGAGAGGAGAAAUUGGUGAGGCUGAAAAAAGAGGCAAAACAAAGCAAGAAAUUUCCAAGAUCGACGCAGAAACCGCUGUUUUAGAGACCAAACGUCGGAGUGAGAAGGCACAGGCCGAUGCUCAGCUGACAAAUCGCCAAACGGAGCUGGACAUGGGAAUUCAACUUGGAAAGAUAGCCGCCCAGCGCCAAGCGGAAAUGAGGGAUGCGGAGUUGCAGAAAGAGGUCGAGACUAAACGUGCGGAAACGGAAUUGGAACGACUUCGGGCACUCGAUGUGACCAAGAGUAAGGUUGCCAGGGAGUCAGCUGAGCAGUCUGCAGAUGCAAACCUCUACACCCAAAUGAAAGCCUCAGAUGGUGCCAUGUAUAAACAAAAAAUGGAUGCCGAUGCAUACUAUUACCGAAGAUCCAAGGAAGCAGAAGCAGCCUUUAUUAUUAGGACCAAAGAAGCCGAAGCCUCAUUCAUUGCAAAGAAGAAAGAAGCCGAGGGUGUGGCGGAAAUGGCAAAGGCAUAUUCCGCUAUGGUGGAUGUAUUUGGAGGACCUCAGGGCUUCCUGCAGUACUUGAUGAUCCAGAACAAUACCUAUGAGGCACUUGCUAGAGCAAAUGGAGAAGCUAUCAAGGGACUCGAACCAAAGAUUACCGUGUGGAACACCGGCUCUGGAGAUGCUUCCCAGGAUACCACCGCUCCAAUCCGAAAUCUCAUGCAAAGCCUUCCACCCCUGUUCUCCACUAUCCAUGAGCAAACUGGAAUAGCUCCUCCAUCGUGGAUGGCUCAGCUUCCAAACACCCAUAAUCAACAUUAUACUGUCGAUGAAUUAAAGGCCAAACUGAGAGCUGCCAAAGUCAACGACGCGUAG